UGCGAGCUGGUUACUAGAUAGCAGCUCGCGUAUAUGCAGGUGCAGCUUUCGCUUUUUUUCACAGUCUGCACUUGGACUUUGCUCGCAGUGCGUCUACCAAGCGGCUCACCAGGAAAACGGAUUAUUCGCUUUCCACAAUUGUGUUCACUCUAGGCACCACGCUUGGCUGCAGCUGGUGGCAAUCCUGACUCGAGAAAAGAUCAGUCAGGGCAAAUGCAGGCAGGCCACAGUCCAGGUGAGAGAGUCGGCCUGGCAACACACGUGCACUCAGGGAUGGAGAGCUCCCUUCAGUCCCGCGACGUGGCUGGAGUGCACGACUUCGUGCUGCUUGAAAACUACGGCAGCGAAGACGCUUUCAUCAACAACCUGCAAAAGAGAUUCAACACCGAUAUAAUUUACACAUACAUCGGGCCUGUGCUGGUUUCUGUGAACCCUUACAAGAACAUUCCCAUCUACACGGAUGACGUAAUCAAAACGUACCGCAACAUUCACUACUUUGAGGCGAUCCCGCACAUAUACGCUGUGACUAACACGGCCUACCAAGCACUCAAGGAGGAGAACAAGGACCAAUGCAUCCUCAUUUCAGGCGAGUCGGGCGCGGGCAAAACCGAGGCGUCCAAGAAGAUCCUGCAGUGCAUCGCGGUGACGACCGGACGCACCAAUCAGGUCGAGUCGGUCAAGGAGAAGCUUCUGCAGUCGACGCCGCUGCUCGAGGCCUUCGGAAACGCCAAAACCACCCGAAAUGACAACUCCAGCCGCUUCGGAAAGUACAUGGACAUCAUUUUCAACUACAUUGGUGACACGAUUGGAGGCAGUCUGCUCAACUACCUGUUGGAGAAGUCGCGUGUGGUGAUGCAGGCGCCAGGCGAACGCAACUUCCACAUUUUCUACCAGCUGCUUUCAAGCAGUGACGCUUCCCUGCUGGAUAGCCUGCAUUUGUCGCCCAACACGUACUACCACUAUCUCAACACCAGUAUUGUGUCCAUGAAAGACAAUGAGAUCGACGACAUUGGGCAGUUCCGAGUGGUCAAACGGGCGAUGGACGUGAUCGAGCUGUCUGAACAAGAGCAAACGGCCAUCUUUACCCUCGUGGCCAGCAUCCUGCACCUGGGAAAUGUCGGAUUUUCACAGGACGAGAAUGGAAACGCUUCAAUCAACGCUCCUGAGACCAUCGCCACCGUCGCUAAAUUGCUUGCCUGUGACCCGGCUCAGUUGACGCACGCGUUGGAGAGGAAGACAAUCAUCGCCAGGGGAGACUCGGUGACCACGCCGCUGAACAAGGAGCUGGCCAUGUACGCGCGUGACGCGUUGGCCAAGGCUAUCUACGACCGCAUGUUCACCUGGCUGGUGCAGAGGCUCAACUCGUCCCUGAGGCCCGUCGACGAUGAGUUCAACAGGACCAAGGUCAUGGGAAUUCUCGACAUCUACGGAUUUGAGAUUUUCGGCAAGAACAGUUUCGAGCAGUUCUGCAUCAACUACUGCAACGAGAAGCUGCAGCAGUUGUUCAUCGAGCUGACCCUGAAGUCCGAGCAGGAGGAGUACUUCCGCGAGGGCAUUGAGUGGGUGCCUGUGCAGUACUUUGACAAUAAAGUCAUCUGCGACCUCAUUGAAGAGCGCCACAAAGGAAUAAUUUCCCUCUUGGACGAAGAGUGCCUCCGACCUGGAGACACCAGCGACAUGGGCUUCCUGAAUAAGAUGAGCAUCAACCUGGUCGACCACAAGCACUUCGUCAGCUACAGCAAAGCUGAGAGGACGAUGCUCAAACAGAUUCCCAGAGACGAGUUCCAGUUGGUGCACUACGCCGGAAAAGUCACCUACUCCGUGCACGGAUUCGUGGACAAGAACAAUGACCUCCUGUUCCGCAACCUGAUUGAGGUGAUGGCCUCGACGAAAAACACAAUCACCAAGGCUGUGUUCACCGAAAAGGAGCUGGAGAGCAAGAAGAGGCCGGAGACUGCCGCUUCGCAAUUCAAGAAGAGUCUGAACAAGCUGAUGCAGAUUCUCGUCACCAAGGAUCCUUCCUACGUCAGGUGCAUCAAGCCCAACAAUGAACAGACAUCAGGCAUCUUCGACGAACAGCUGGUGCGUCAUCAGGUGCAGUAUCUGGGUCUGAUGGAGAACCUGAGAGUGCGUCGUGCUGGCUUUGCCUACAGGAGGACCUACGACGUGUUCCUCAAGAGGUACAAGUCCCUGUGUCCCGGCACGUGGCCCAACUUCAAUGGUGACCCCAAGGACGGUGUUGCCCUCCUGACGCAGCACUUGCAGUACAACAAGUACGAGUUCAGCAUGGGAAAGACCAAAAUCUUCAUCAGGUACCCGAAGACGCUUUUCAUGACGGAGGACCUGUUCCAGCUGAAGAAGAACGACCUGGCCACGCUGAUUCAGAGGAAGUACAAAACGCACGUUGCACGUAAGAACUUCCUCAAGAUGCGCUGGGCGGCCAUUGUGAUGCAGAAGUACAUCAGACGCUUCCUGGCCAAGAGGGCGAUGAGGAGGAGACGCUUGGCUGUUGAAGUUCUCAGAAGACUACUGAAGGGAUUCAUCACGAGGGAUGGCCAGCCGACCGAGGACAACAUGGCCUUCAUCCAGCUGUCCAGAAUCAACUACCUGAACAGACUAGCCGGGAACCUGCCCAAAUCCCUGGUGGACCGUAAUUGGCCACCCUGUCCAAAGGCGUGCAGAGAUUUGUCCAUUGUUCUGCACAAGCUGUACAGAGGCCAGCAGGCGAGAAUAUACAGACAGACCCUGAGCCCUGAGAAAAAGCGACAGUUUGACCUGAAGAUCCUGGCUGAGAAAUUGUUCCAACACAAAAAGAAGAGCUACACGAGCACCUAUUUGACGCCGUUCGAAAAAGUCAGACUGCCGUCGGAGCUGCAUCAGCACAAAACGCAGUACGAGACAAACCAACUGGUUCCUGGAGAGAAAUUGCUGUACUGCACCAAUAUCACAAAGUACGACCGUCACGGCUACUCGCCCAGAGAUCGUGCUUUGCUGGUGACCACCAAGGCCAUCCACAUCGUGGACAUCAAGGGGUUCAAGGUCAAGCACAAACUGUCCCUUGAAAGCGUCACCGAACUCGUGGUUACGGCCGAGAUGGACGGACUCCUGCUCAUCCGAAUUCCGCUUGAGCUCAAAAAGGACAAGGGAGAUCUUAUUCUCCAGUGUGCACACGUCAUUGAGUGCGUGACUUUCAUCGUCGACGCAGUCAAGAAGCCAAAUAUUCUGAAGAUAGCCUCAACCUCCAUGAUUUCCCACAACAUGAUUGGAGGCAAGGAAGGUCAAAUCGAAGUCACCGCCGGAUCAGAACUGGGUUUCGGCAAGGGCAAAACAGGCCACUUGGUGGUUACGGUCAACUAGUCAACAGUUAUUCACAACAGCCAUCGAAGCGCCAUGAGGAAGGAGUCAAUUACCAAUGCUACAAAUUAGAUAAACCUUUUGUUUGUAUAUUUUCACGUCAAUAAAAUAAGCGAUAUGUGCGAAAUCAAUAAA